GUCAAACGCCCUCGAGGUGCCUCAUACAACUCAUUCUUUGAUUUAUCUCUUUUGUGUGGUCUCGGUCUUUUAACCUUCCGCUUGACUGUGGACCGUUACCGAAACCAUCCCCGGCCCCGGCCCCGUUGAUUCUCGCCACUCACCAGUGCCAGUUUUCACACGUUGCGAAUCCAUCUUCUCAUCUUGAGAACUCGAAUUUCAACGUCCUUGGAAUACUCUGCGAGCUGACGACUUUCGUCCUCUCGCCUAUCUGCAAAUCUGGAGCACCCAAGCUCCUCAUCUUCCCACCUCAUCAAGUUGGCGGGACUUCGCUACACCCAGUCCUCUCUCCUCCACCCUCUUGCAGGCCCCAAGUUUAGGGUCUUCUGCGGGGGCGACACCAGACCCCCUAACUGGGUUUACAAUACCUCCCCUAUUGUGGCCAUCAGACGUGUGUCGGUAACGCCAGACCCUCGUGAAGGGUCUGGCUUAUGGAUGGAGGGCCGUCACCCUUGAACGAACCUCGUACCGGCUGACGUAUGCUCAGGCCGUCGUGCUAAAUUAAAAGAGCAACUCGAUUUCAAACACCAAUAACGAAACCCAAUCUGGCGCUCUAAUCGCUUUUUGUCGGAAAUCUCACCCCACGAGUAUUCGCCAUGACCGAAUCUCCCAGAUCCGAGAGGUACAUGGACCUCACCCGGUUCAGUACCCCGGUACCUGAACUGGAUGAUCAUCGCCACCAGAUGCAAACGCCUCCACGAAUUGAGGCGCCAAUCGAGCGCUCGCUCAGCCCGCAUGAUACAUCCCAGAUGAACCCUACGAUGGAACCGCCGGAGCGACCAGACUUGCUCAACGUGCAAGAUGCCCUGCGAGAUGGCCCCGUCUUCCGAGACUUUGAAAAUGCCGUGGUCGACGAUGAUCGAUCGCUGAAUGAGAUUGGGAUGGGACGACGCUUCUCUGUCGAUCCCGCAGCUCAAUACCAUACCCCUCGCCAUAUCAGCAUUCCGCAGCAUGAUCUCGCCAAUGCCUCCUGCACCUCGUCCGUAUCGGCUCGGUCGUCAUCUCCUCCCAAUUCAGUCGAGGCUUUUGCCGACCCGCGUCGUCGUGAACGCGCAAACACUCUGGACAGCCAUGCGCCUCCCGAUUUGGAAGCCAUCUUGCAACGCACCGUCUCUGGUGGUACGAACAACCGGCGGCCAACUUUCAGCAAUGCCAGUGCCAUCCGGCCCCAGCUGGGCGAUGUGCCAUUCGAUUCGGCCGAGGAGGCCUGCUUCGACGAACCGGGUCGUAUCCCCGUCAUCGACUACGAGGAGUUGGAGGAGUUCGUAGCUCUGAACCAGAACACUAGGACCGUUACUGGAAACCGCCGCAAGCACAGCAUGAGCUCGCAGAGCAAGAAGCCUCGCAUCUUCUACGACCUCCGUCCUGGCGCCGAAAGCCCCGAGGUCGGCGAGAUUAAGAAGGCUGAUCUGUCAGAUUCUUCCGAUGAAGAUGAGAAGAAGCCCAAAGUCACGGACAAAAAGGAGCUGCUCAAGUCACUCCAAAAUACAAACGAGCCUACUCGAUUCGGGUUCUUCUCGUCGGAGUCUCAGACUACAGUGCAUGCUGCCGACCUGGGAGAUCUGGUGCUCCCAGGCGAAACCUUCCGGGAUCUAUUUGAGCUCGGACCUGAAGGUGGUGUAUGGUGGCUGGAUGUUGUCAAUCCCACUGAUGAUGAAUUGGGUGCCAUCUCGCGAGCCUUCUCCAUUCAUCCGCUGACGACGGAGGAUAUUCAAACUCAGGAAGCUCGCGAGAAGGUUGAGCUGUUCAAGCAGUACUACUUUGUCUGUUUCCGAACUUUCUUCCAAAUGGACAAGACCAGCGAGGAGUUCUUGGAGCCAGUCAAUUUCUACAUGGUCGUCUUCCGCGAUGGUGUCCUCACCUUCUCGUUCGACGAUAACCCCCACGCGGCCAAUGUCCGGAAGCGUAUUGGAAAGCUGCGUGACUACGUGGCUCUCAGCAGUGAUUGGAUCUGUUAUGCCAUGAUCGACGACAUCGUCGAUAGCUUCGGCCCAGUUAUACGCGACGUGGAGCUCGAAUCCGAAGCAAUUGAAGACCAUGUAUUCAUCGCGCGUGUCGACGACUUCGAAUCCUUCCUCCCACGCAUCGGUGGCCUCCGCAAGAAAGUAAUGAGUCUGAUGCGCCUGCUAGGCGGCAAAGCAGAUGUCAUCCGCGGCUUCUCCAAGCGUUGCAACGAGCAGUACUCCGUCACCCCCCGUGGUGAUAUUGGGUUGUACCUGGGCGAUAUCCAGGAUCACGUCGUAACCAUGAUGUCGAACUUGUCGCAUUUCGAGAAGAUGCUUAGUCGCUCGCAUACCAACUACCUUGCCCAGCUCAAUGUCACUAACCUUGUACUGGGUAACCAUGUCAACAAGGUUCUUAGCAAGGUUACUCUCAUUGCUACUAUACUGGUUCCUAUGAACCUGAUCUGUGGUUUGUUUGGUAUGAACAUCGAGGUUCCUGGUCAGAAUGCCCAUGGGCUCGAGUGGUUCUUUGGUAUUCUUGGGGUUAUGGCGGCUAUUGUUGUUAUUAGCAUAGGAUUGGCCCGUUGGCAGAGGCUGGUGUGAGCCUAUCUUGUUUAUUUUCAUUGUGAUAAUUUUCCCCUUGUUUUGUCACUGCUUAUUUUCUUAUGGCUCUGAGAGUCUGCCUUUGUCUUUACACUUGAUUUUCUUUCUUUCUUGGUUUCGCAGUACAUUAUCUGUUCCAGAAUACAUCAUACAUACUUUUGGAGCAUGGUUUCCUCGGCUUUUGUAUUACAUUGCUGAUCUUGUACAUAGGGCAAUCGAUUUUCGAUCUUCUGAACUUUGAUAUGUCCAACAAUACGCCGAUUAGAUCUCUACCCCCUUAGGAC